AAAUGCGCGAUAAACAAAAAUUUAUGACAGAAUUAACAAACAAAGCAAAAUGAAAACAGUUGACGUAGCUACUUAUAUGUUUGGCAUGGCAGAUAAAACUUAAUACAAUUAUUUGUUACCGCGAAAGUAUUUCAAUUAAAACUUAUUUCCCAAAUCAAUAAAUUGAGACUGAUUAUAUAAAGAUACUUUAGUGAAAUAAUAUACAUAAAUUGAACUUUACGCGGAUAUAACCACUUAGGUAGAUAAGAGCAAUUUUCCAUACCGCUUAAAAUGCCAAUUCCCACGUACGACGUGUUAUUGGAGGCAACUGCGGUGGUCAGUACAGUUUUGCAGUUCUUGUCUGGCGUUAUUAUAUGCCGGAAGUACAUACAAAAGAAGAGCACAGGCGAAUCAUCAGGACUACCCUUUAUUUGUGGAUUUCUCUCAACAUCGUUUUGGCUUCGGUAUGGUUUACUCACCGGUGAGCGUAGCGUGGCUUUGGUCAAUGUUAUUGGCAUCUUUCUCUUCCUGUGCUAUACGAUGGUGUACUAUGUAUUCUCCGUAAAUAAAAAGUCAUACAUGCGACAAUUUGGAUUUGUUUUAUGCAUUCUAUUUGGCGUGUGGUACUAUACGGAUUCCAUUGAAGCAGAUGCGGAAAAAAUACGUGUAAUGGGUCUCAUUUGCUGCAUAAUCACGGUAUGCUUCUUCGCAGCACCACUUACAAUGUUGGUUCAUGUGAUACGCAUGAAGAAUUCGGAAAGUUUACCUUUUCCACUGAUUGCUAUGACUUUUCUGGUGUCAGUGCAAUGGGUCAUCUAUGGUGUCAUUAUAUCAGAUACAUUCAUACAGAUUCCAAACUUUCUCGGCUGUUUACUUUCGCUGCUGCAACUUUGUUUAUUCGUUGUUUACCCGCCAAAAAGUUAUUCCGGCCAAGGAUACCGUUUGGUGGACCAGGCUUCUAUAUUUUAAAAAGCCAAUAAUGCAAAUGAUAUAUAUGUACGUAUACAUUGAAUUUGCAUACAGGUAAUACAUGUAUGCUAUAGUUGCCAAAUAUUAAUUUGUAACCUUUUUUUGGAUGUGCAUUUAAAACUAAUGUGUGUCCUGUAACAGCACUUUGAAAAAUCAAAGCAAAAAAUUAUGAGUAAAGUUAUAUCAGAAAAGUUUAA